UUUUGAAUUGUAUGAAUUGCAUGUUCUCCAGUCAAAUUGGUUUCCUUGUUUUAUGUUGAUCCAAGUUAAAAUUAGAACUUGAAAAUCAAAUACACCUGUCUUUCUAAAUGGGUUUGGAAUUUCUUUUCAGUUAUUCGCAGACUCCCUUGUCAAUGAUAGCUUCACACUGCGCUAUUGCCAUUCCACCCUUUGAUCCGGCGUACAGAUUAAAAGGCGAAUAUCUGUACCACAAAAGCUGUUAAAAGCUCUUUUCUAAAGAGCCAACCACAGCCUUCCUGUCAAAUUGACAAGAAAAAGACCGAGGAAGAAGACCUCAUGCAGAUAAUUCUAAUUUGAUGUUUCCUGUGGCGAAUCCGGUUCGUUUUGUCGACUUACUUCUUAAAGUCAUCAUAAAUUACUUCUUGGUUACUCUAGAAACUCACUUGAGAUUUGAAUUGCUUGUCACUUGUUUCCGUUGUCUGACUUGUGCGGAAAUGGAUGGCGUUUAAUUUUUCAAGGAGACUAAGAUUUGCUUUGAGACUAGACCGUACCUCUGCGGCGGAAAGAAUUAUGAGUCUGGUUCAGAUUCAAAACAACGUGUCAAGGCUAAACUCGAGUGAAACUCACAUCGACGACAUUCAUAUGUCCUCUGCAAAAAUCCUCGAAGCAAUUUUAUUGUUUUCUUUGGUAUUUUUCGCUGUCGCGGGGAAUGGCCUCCUUAUUUAUGUCAUAUACUUGAACCACAACCUUCACAGUCUACGCAAUGCGUUUGUCGCUAGUCUAGCAGUUGCCGACCUGAUGUUAGCAUGUACAGAUAUUGUUUACCAAGCAUUGGAAAAAGUCGUUAUUAACUUCCAACCGCCUCAUCCAUCGAUUUGCUACAUAAUCUUGCUGAGCGGUGUGCUUUUUGGUUCCGCUUCCGUGUUCAACCUGACGGCCAUGACGUUGGUUCGUUAUAUUUCCAUUCGUCACCCCCUUCAUUUCAAUCGUUAUGUCACUGCCCAUCGCUCGGCUGCCAUUGUACUGGUAGUUUGGCUUACAGCGUUUUGUCUGGCGUUCCCACCCCUGAUCUGGCGCCCGGAGAGCGUCGUAUGCUCAACGACGAAACCUUCCGACGAACACAUUAUAAACGAAGCCAUAUACAUGAGCGCUGAGUGGCUCUUUUGGUUUUUCAUCCCUUUAAUGCUCAUCUCAUUUUCGUAUUAUCGCAUAUACCUUAUCGCUAGAGGUCAGGCGAGACAGAUAGCAGCCCUGGAGGUUUCCACAGACUUUGAAGGGCCUACCACCAAGACCAGAGGGCGAGCUUCCUCACUGAGAGAGAAGAAGGCGGGACGAAUGGUCGCCAUCUUGAUUGGCUUUUGGAUCUUGUGCUGGAUGCCCUUUUUCACAGUAUUAACGAUAAGCAAGUUUAAGUCACGAGUACCAUCUUCAGUCAUGCGUCUUUUUCUGUGCCUGAUGUUUGCCAAUUCAGCUAUAAACCCCAUUGUUUUGACGCGGUACAACCGUGAACUCAAAGUGGCCAUAAAGAAGUUACUAUGCGGCAGAAAACAUCGCUCAUCGGUAUCUGUAAUGGAAACGAGGUCAAACAGAGGUGCAUCUGAGUCAUUUACCCAAACAACAUUUUAGAAUUGUCUUAUUUUUAUUUUACGGUUGAGAAAUUAUUCAAAAAGGUUCCUC